AUGUCGUCAGCGGGAACGAACGCGGCGCAGCGGCUGCCGUUUGCUUCGGAGCCGUUGGAUUCCACGUCCAUCACGUUGGAUCGUCGUCUAGAGAAGCUCGCAGAGCUAGGUAGCCUGCGAAAGCGCUGCAACGAGGCUGCUGGAACACUCACGAUCGAUCACGAGGCUCAAACCAUCCGCCAGCUCAUUCAAGCGAAAGCGGUUGACGAGGACUUUUCGGUAGCUGUGCGCGAGCGCUGGCAGACGUGGUCGCGCAAUGCGAACCCCUUCCGCUCCGAGCUGGCCUCAGCGGCUGCUUCCGAGGUCAGCAAAAUAGCCGAAGCCGAAGCUUCCUCUGGAUCAGAAUCAGACUCGCAGUUGGAUGACUCGGCUUCGGAAGGGCCGGAAGAGCCCUCCGGGUCCGGGUCCGGAUCGACCAACAAGGGGAAGAGGAAGAGCGUCUUCCGCCUCAAGGCGCCCAAGAAGCGCGUCGGCUCCUCCGAGCGCGGCAUGGACGAAGAUUGGGACGCCGUCCGCAGAGAACGAGAGGCCCGACUCACGGAGCUUGAUGCAUUGCUGCCGAACGCCUUCCGCUUCACCGAACGCCAGCUCAAGGUGUAUGCACAUCGGUUAAAGCAAAAGUACCUCAACUCGCUCGACCGUCCCUUCGAAGCUGUCCAACUCCAGAAGCUACUUCACCCUUCCCGGAAAGCGGCGCAACCUGGUGCGCUGCAGCCGUCGCAAGAUGCUUCGGCUCCCGGACCAUCGAUCCAAGACGCGCCGUCGCGUCCGAGCGUCUAUCACAUCUCGUUCUUCAUCAGCAGUCUCGAUUCGAGCACAGACGAUGUGGCAGCACAGCAAAAGAAUGCAGAUCCGGCGGCCGUGUCGGACGUAGAUGCCAGGGACAACUAUGUCAAACGCAUCUGCGGCGACGGACUCGGGGGCAGCAAGCGUUCCCAAACCAUCGAGCUUCUCUCGACGCAGACGCUGUCGGACCUCCUGGGCACCCUUGUCUGCUGGUCUGAUGAGCAGCCGGAGCGGCACGGCUGGCAACAGCGCCUCCAGAAGUCUUUGUACGGCCACAUUGCGACAUCAGCUAGCCAGGAAGCAGUCGCGUCCAUGCAGCAGGACCACAGCGGAGAUGAAGAUACUCAGGAAACUUGCUCGGCGCGGUAUACGGGCCGUCGGCGGCACACCGACGCGGCGCUCAUCAUCGAGGACAAACUGUACGGCAAAGGUCUGAGGGCAGGUGAUGCUCCCUACGAAGCCGACUACGCGACGCUGCUCAACGAAUGGAAGUCACGCUGCGGUCUUUCCGAUGUCCGAGCGGGUUGGAUUAGCAGCGGUGGCGACCUCAGUCUCCGGCUUGAUCAGCUGGGCACCAUUCGGAUCGGCCGACCGUACUGGCUGCUGCACCAGGGCGACUGUGUGCACGCUUUCGUGAUUGAGCAGAUCCGUGCCUUGCGGCCCCUCGAAGAGAAGGGGAGCUUUUCACCCGAUCUCGAGAACAUCCCCAUCGGGUCUGCCGUCACGCCUUUUCCGCGGAUCACUUGGCUCUCGACCCCAUCCAUGUUGCGAUUCGCCGCAGACGACAAGGACAACUAUGGUCUGGGUCAUCGUAUCCUCCUGUGGGAGGGACUGAUGCCAAUGCAAAGCUUUGCGGCGGGGCUGGGGGUCGAAGGACUGGCCGCAGGCGAUCUGACGCAGCGCAGCGCACUGCAGGUUGCGUUGGGCCGAACCAGGAGAAAGGACGAGGGAAUGCUGCGAAAAAAGCAAGGCAAGUGCCUGGCGUGCUCACUGCGCAAGGCCCAGAUCGGCAUCCUGGGUGGAGACCGUGUGCGCCUCCCAGUCGGCUCAGACGACGAGCGCGACAGGCAGCCGGAAAUCAGCGCGCUGGACGACCACUUGGUCACUCUCUGUGUGUCGUGUGCGGCGAUCCUUGGUCUGCCGACUCGCGAACCCGAGCCUGGCGCGAGCGAAGCUCCGAUUCAGCUCGACUGGCAGCGCAUCCAUGCCGAAAAGCCUCGUGAGGCAGGCUGGACCGUAUUCCCAAUGUACUGA